UACUUCACGUCACAAGUCACGUGUAUGUUUGUGAAGCUACAGUGGCGUUCACAUCAUCAGUUUGGCCAUAGAUUCGCAAAAUGGACACAGAUUAUGCUGAAUAAACCUCACCACAGAAAGAAAGUUCCUGUGCGUCAGUACCGAUUCCCGCUACAGCGAGGAUGUUUCCCAGCCUGGCCGCCCACAGACCGUGGCAUGUUUUCCGCAGGGUCUCAUUGCAACAGAGAUCGUCCCUGUCACAGCGGCCCCCGAGGUUUCCGCAGCUGUGCCACGGUUGGCAAAGCGGAGGGCUACACAGCUUAUGGUUCAGCCUCCCAGACUGCCGUGUAGUUUCUCUAGGGUUGGGCAAGGUCCAGUAUUACUCUACCUCUGAUACCGGUAAAGAUGGUCCCCCAAAACCACCAUCAGGUGAUGCCCCCUCUGCAGCAAAGGUUGUAUCUGGUGCUGCACAGGCCACCCCAGAAUCACCAGGUGCAACACCUCAGGGUCUGACUAAAGCACAGACAAUUCAAGUGAAAGUUCGUGCUGUCCUGAAGAAAAGGGAAUAUGGAGCCAAAUACACUCAGAACAACUUCAUCACUGCAGUCAGAGCGAUGAAUGAGUUCUGCCUCAAACCAAGUGAUUUGGAACAACUCCGGAAGAUCAGAAGGCGCAGCCCCCAUGAUGACACAGAGGCUUUCACUGUCUUCCUGCGCUCAGACGUUGAGGCCAAAGCACUAGAUGUUUGGGGAAGCCAUGAAGCUCUGGCCAGAGAGAGAAACCUCAGGAAAGAGGUGGAGAGAGAGUACCAAGAGAAUAUUUUUCGGAAUCAGCGCUUGUUGCAAGAAUAUAAAGACUUUUGGGGAAACACUAAGCCACGAUCAGGCCAGAGGACAACAUUUCUACAAGGGCCAGGGAAGGUGGUCAUGGUUGCUAUUUGCAUAAAUGGGCUGAAUUUCUUUUUCAAGCUCCUGGCUUGGGUCUACACUGGAUCAGCUAGCAUGUUCUCUGAAGCCAUCCACUCUUUGGCCGACACGUGCAACCAGGCUCUGCUCGCUCUGGGAAUCAGCCAGUCUGUCCGCAACCCAGAUGCCGUGCACCCAUAUGGCUUUUCCAACAUGCGCUACAUUGCCUCCCUCAUCAGUGGGGUGGGCAUUUUUAUGAUGGGAGCAGGCCUCUCUUGGUACCACGGCGUCAUGGGAUUGCUGCACCCGGAACCCAUCGAGUCUUUGUUAUGGGCUUACUGUAUUUUGGCGGGCUCUCUGGUGUCUGAAGGAGCCACAUUACUGGUUGCCAUCAAUGAGAUAAAGAGGAGCGCCCGCCAGCAAGGAUUGUCUUUUUAUGAAUAUGUGAUGCAGAGCCGAGACCCCAGCACCAAUGUGGUGCUGCUGGAGGAUGCUGCUGCUGUACUGGGAGUUAUCCUGGCUGCUGGUUGCAUGGGGCUCACCUCACUUACAGGUAACCCGGCCUAUGAUAGUUUGGGCUCUCUUGGCGUUGGCACAUUGCUGGGCACAGUCUCCGCCUUCCUCAUCUACACUAACACAGAGGCCCUGCUGGGACGCUCCAUACAGCCUGAGCGCGUGCAGAAGCUCACAGAGUUUCUGGAGAACGAUCCUGCUGUAAGGGCCAUCCAUGACGUGAAGGCCACUGAUAUGGGACUGAGUAAAGUGCGCUUCAAGGCUGAAGUUGACUUCGAUGGCCGCGUGGUGACACGGUCUUAUCUGGAAAAACAAGACAUUGACCAAAUCCUCAACGACAUUCAGCAGGUGAAAACCCCGGAGGAGCUGGAGAACUUCAUGCUGAAACACGGAGAGAACAUCAUCGACACCCUGGGAGCUGAGGUGGACCGGUUGGAGAAAGAGCUCAAACAACGCAACCCAGAGGUCCGUCAUGUAGACUUGGAGAUACUCUAACAUCCCGAAAUGCCAUGAAGAAAAAGCUGGAAGGACGGCCACGCCUGCCUCUGCCUCUCCUUCUGACUACAAAACAAACACGGACAACAAACCCGCACAACUUCUCAAGUCUUACUGUAGAAUAGUCCAGAAGGAUGAGCACAGACAGUGUUCGAGCAGCUAUGCCCGAACUUCAGUCUGGGACACUGUGAGGUCACCCUGCCAGAGAUCCGCUUUCACAUUCCAGUGCGAGUGUUUCUGGCAGAAGACUAACGGCUGUCAUUAGGCUCCUUGAAUUUCACUAGAAAUUCGCACACAAACUACGACAGCGUAGUCCACUGGCUGGUUGCUUAGACUCACAUUCCUCCAUAAAAGUGUCAUGAUGUGGGCUCAUGUCUGUGUCUAAAGCAAAACCGAGAACAGGACCAGUGUCGUUUACUAGACUUGUACCACAGUGACAGAGUUUCCUUUAUUAGUGCAAAAGGAAACCAAAGAGCUACAAUUUCAACCCAGACUUAUUUAAUGACCAGACAAUGUUAGAGGGUUUUUCUUUCUGUUUCCUUUUAACUGAAGACGGCGCGAUGCCGCAGCUUCUCUAACGAAGACAGAAUUUGUGAUGAAUAGAUUUUUAUUGCGAUCAUAGAAAGUCAAAUGGUAUUAUUGAGAUAUUUAAUAGGUAGAGCAAAUAUAGUAGGACUUGAUGUUAUGAAUACAAGUUGUCUAACCUGGAUUUGCAGAGUUUCUGCCAGAAAAGUUGACAGGCCUGACCAGCAGUGCUCGAUAAGUCAGGGUUUAAAGUUUCAUCACUUUUUUUACAUUAGAUUGGCUUUACAUGAUUCACAGUUCAAAAUAAGCCAGACUGUAUCCUACACUGGGCCUUGGUGCAGGCCCUCAUUGCAUCCUCAGUCUCAUCCUGGUUACCUUUAAGCUAACAGUCUUUUGAUUGGCUGCCCUUCAGCAGAUGGCUUAAACAUGUGGGCGGGGCUUCUCUGCUCACAGAGCUGUGUUCCUGCUAUGGCCAUUUUGGGAAUACUGGCUCGCUAUGUCAUCAUACAUAGCAAAACAAAAAAGAAAGCUUCUGGCACACAGGGGUUACUAGUACAUAUGCCGAGCUCAUUCUUUGAAAGCUUUGCCAUGUUUAAUAUGAUCCUCCACCAUAUAUAUAGGACAGAAUGACAAGCAUAGGAGCCUUUGUGACACUGAGGAACUGUGAACAGCUAGCACUACUUUUUCUCUCCAAACACAAGCAAGCAAACGGUCUGUAUCAGCAGGAGAGCCCCAGAUCAAGAUGAAACGCUCACAUAAUCAAAUAUCAGCUGAACAACAUUGUAUUAAGGCGUAACGUUUGUCCUGGUCUUUUUACUUUUUGUUUUUACUUCUUGAUUCUGCUAACUCGUUCAAACAGCUGUUUUAUAUGUAUAAAGCAGCUGGCAGAGCUGGUAGCCUAAUAAGAUACAGUAGCUAACCUAACAGUUGGCGCUGUUGCCUUUAAGAAAAAUCUGAAAUACUUGGUCUGGACCACUGGGCUUGAAUACAGUGUUGGAAACCCUGCACUGUAUUAUUGUUUUCAUUUAAUGGGUUAUAAUCUUAAACGAGCUCUGAUGACGACAUCCUUCCAAGCCAAUAAUAGGCACUGACUUUACAUCUCUAAACGCUGUUCUUAGGGUUAGAAAUGCUGUCUUGUCACGUGACUGAUUGUAUUGUUCCAAAGAUAAAAUGCAGAAGGAGUGGAAACGUCCUUGCCUCUUGCCCACCAUGUAUAAAUAAGAGAUCUUUAAUGAAGACACGUGGACCAGCUACCUUUUAUUUCUUUUCUUUUUUCUUGAAGUCCACCAACAGCUGAAAACUUACAGGCAUCGUCACCCUGUGGAGCAUGUGGCAAAAAAUGAAAAGUUGUGAAGUUACUCCUUCAUGAUGUAUCUGCUAAUGUUCUGUAUAAACCGGACUGUGACGGUGUUUGUGCUUGUCAUUCUUUGUUGCCGCUGACACAUGAUCGUCGUGCUGUCAUGCUUCAGGAGUCAUUUCGCCUCGGUUGGGAAGGCAGAUCUGUGUUUUUGAAGGGGAUUGUGAACUGUUUCUUCUUGGGUCAUAACGAUGACGCUACUGUUGAAGGACAUGAAUAUGAGAUAAUUUAUUAAAUUAUUUUU